GGAUGGCAGGCUGAGCCCGAGAGAGUAAACGGGGUGUCUCUGCAGCAGCGUCAGCUGCAUGCAUUACGUGCAUUUAUUCCGCAAUGGAGGACAAAUCGGCUGCUUGUGUCUCUAAAUGCUGCUGUCCCUGCUGCUCGUUGCUGCAGUCUUGCUGCUUUUCGUCUCCUUCCGGUGUCUCUUCAGACACUCCGCACUCACUUCGCACCUUAUAACCUUUCUAAGCAGGCUGAGCUGUGGAUCGAGGCAGGACGUGCGGAGACACCCGAAGGCCGCAGCACUCUGCAGCAGCAAACGCCAGCAACAGGACCCCCAUCUCAGCAGCAAGACAACCAUCAGCCUCAACCCGCUGCAGCAGCAGCAGAAGCAGCAGCGGCUGCAGCAGCAGCAGAAGCAGCAGCACCUGCAGCAACAGCAGCACCUCAACCAUCACAUGCGGCACCACAUGCAGCACUACCUGCAGCAGCAGCAGCACCUGCAGCAGAAGCACCUGCAACAGCAGCAGCACCUGCAGCAGCAGCAGCACCUCAACCACCACAUGCGGCAGCAUCUGCAGCAGUACCUGCAGCAGCAGCAGCACCUGCAGCAGCAGCACUUGCAGCAUCAGCUCCUGCAGCAGCACCUGCAGCAGCAGCACUUGCAGCAUCAGCUCCUGCAGCAGCAGCACCUGCAGCAGCACCACCACCUGCAGCACCACCACCUGCAGCAGAAGCACCAGCACCUGCAGCAGCAGCAGCACGUGCAGAACCCGCGUUCUUUUCAGCACAGCUAACAGGGGCCGCAGCGGAGCCUGCUGCAGCAGUAGCAGCAGCAGCACCUGCUGCUUCAACUGCUAGCGGCGCAGCAGGCUUAUACAUAGCUGCAGCGGCUCGCGCGGAAGAGACAGUUGUAGCAGCAGCAACGGAGGCUGCAGUAAGGGCUGCUGCAUCUAGAGGAGGCUCAUCAGGAGCAGCAGCUGGUGCUGCUUUUGCUGCAGCAGCAGCAGGAGGGGAGGGAGCUACAGCAGCAACAACAGCAGCAGCAACACUGCAGACAAGCAGCAGCACCACUGGACAGUGGGGCCUCUGGUGUACUGUCUCCUCUCUCUUGCCUGCGUGGAUGGGGGCCCCCAGGGGCCCCCUGCUGCUGGGGGCCCAGGGGGCCCCUGCUGCACCUUGGAUAGGUAGGUGCAGCAGCAGCGUUGCUGCUGCUGCUGCUGCAUGCAGAUCCGGUGCUUUGCUGCAGUAUGCCUAUGGCUUCUCUCAACGCCGAAUGCUCGCCCGCGGUGCAGCAGCAGCAGCAGCAGCAGCUACUGCAACAACAACAACACCAGCACCAGCAACAGCAACAGCAGCAGCUACUACUACUACUCCAGCAGAAGUCCUCCCUGCUGUAGCAGCGCUAAGACACACCCAAAGCGGAAGCAGCAGCAGCUACAGCACGGAGAGCAGCUGCAGCACAGACCCUCAUAGCAGCGGAGGCAGCAGCAACUGUCAUAGCAUUAGCAAAGACAGCAUCAGCAACGAAAGCAGCAGCAGGAGCAGCAGCAAAAGCAGUAUCAGCGGUCUGGAUGCUUCACCGACUACCUCUACCAUGCGGCAACAGCAACAGCAACAGCAGCAGCAGCAGCGACCUACUGCUGCUGCUGCAGCUGUACGAGACACCGAAAAAGGCCUCCAGUCAGCGGAGGCGCAGCAGCAGAGUUGCUGCGCCGAUGCCUCCUUUCGUUCUCCUGUCACUUACUGGCAGCAGCAGGUGCAGCAGCAGGUGCAGCAGUCCCUACAGCAGCAGCAGGUGCAGCAGGAGCUGCAGCAGCAGCUGCGUUUGAUAUUUGUGCAGGAGAAGCGUCACGUGAACAUGCUGCUGCAGCACAUGCAGCAACAGCAGCAAACAACGGCAGAUAUGGAAGCAGCAGCAGCUGCUGCUGCUGCAGCAGCAGCACCAAUCCUGAAUGCAGCGGCUCUCCGCGCUGCGAGGACACUAGCGAGGCGCACAGAUGCAGCAGCAGCAGCAGCAGCACCUGAAGCAGCAGCAGCAGCAGCAUCUGAAGCAGAAGCAGAAGCAGUAGGUGAUGGCAGCAGCGGCAGCGAAGCUCCCGGUGCAGAUGGCGCUGGUGUAGUUGCUGCAGCAGCAAGAGGUGCAGCAAAGAAGGAGACAGGAGCAGCUCAAACUGCAGCAGCAGAGGGGCUGCUGCUGCCGCCUAUCCAGUGCUGGGGAUCGACUCCCAACGUCUCCCCGCUGCAGCAAGCGAAGGCCUUUGCAAGUACCCUGCGUCUCUGUCUCCGCUACCUCGCCCGUCUGCAGCAAAUGGAAGCGUGCAGCAGCAGCAGCAGCAGCGGCACGUCAGCAGCAGCAGCAGCAGCAGCAGCAGCAGCAAGCCGCGAGGCCGCUUCUGACGAGUGUCUCCGCCAGCUACCCGAGCGCUUGCCCAUCGACCCUUUCGAGAUGUGUCUCUCUCUGGUGGGCAGCAACAGCAGCAACAGCAGCAACAGCAACAGCAACAGCAGCAGCAGCAGCAGCACGGCAACGUAUUACUCUGGGGGCGAUCUGCUGCUGCCGGUAGCUGUCUCCUGGUUAGCUGCGAGUCCCUUGGGGCCCCACUCCCCUACAUGCGCAUCUUUACCUCUUCAUCUUACCUUUACUCUGCGUCUACCCCCAGGCCUGCUGAGGCUUCUACGCUGCACGGCACAGCAGCAGCAGCAGCAGCAGCAGCAGCAGGGUCAGCGGCAGCAUGUAGUGCUGCAGCAGCAGGAUCAGCAGCUGAUGGAGAAGCAGCUGGUGCCGCAGCAGCAGCAGCAGCAGCAGCUGGAGCAGCAGCAGCAGCAGCAACUACUCGGGGAGACUGAAGAUAUCUUACACUUUCACUUUGCUGUGCCUCAACUGCGGAGAGACUCUGCUGCCAUGCAUGUGCUGCGUCGCUGCUUGAGCUGCUGCAGCCCUGUGGGGCCGCAGCUUGGAUUUGCUGCUGCAGAUACACCCGAGGAGGCGGAGGGCGCUGCAGCAACAUCGGCAGAACCAGCAGCAGCACCGACGCCAGCAGGAGCAACAGCAGCAGAAGUGGCACCAACUGCAGCAGCAGCAGCAGGUGUAGCAGGUGUGGGGCCCCGUGUGCUGUGGGCAGCACACGACGCGAAGCAGCUGCUGCACCUGCUGCGUAAUAUCAAUCUUCCUUCUCCUCCAUCUCAGCAGCUGCAGUGUACAUCUGUUGUUGCUUGGCUGCUGCACGGGGCAGACCCAGGCAACUCCGAGUUGCUGCAGCAAGCAGCGCUCUUCGAGCUGCUGCAGCAGCAGCAGCAGCAACAGCAGCAGCAGCAGCAGCAACAGCAACAGCAGCAGCAGCAACGGCAGUGGACGCCAGAUGUGGCGAGCUUCAACGCAGGAGCAGCACGAGCAGCAGGAGCAACAGCAGCAGCAGCAACAGCAGCAAAUCUGUCUGAGGCUGUCCCCUGCAGCUACAAAGCAGACACCCGGGGUGCCUUUGGCCUCGCAGCUGCAGCAGGAGGGAGAAGGAGACAGUUGAGCGUUGCUGCAGAUAUUUCGAUUAACAAGAAAGGAGACACCGCUCUCUCCUCUCUUUUAGCGUCUCCAUACAGCUCCUUAAUCAUUACAACAAUGACAAAAGCAGCAGCAGCAGCAGCAGCAGCAGCAGCAGCAGGAGUCGCUUCUCCUGCUGCUGCGGGAGUGCAGGGGAGUGAGAGGAAGGCCUCCCCAUCAGUUGCAGCAGGAGCAGCAGCAGCAGCAGCAGAUGCUGCUGCUGCACCUGGAAGCUGCGCUUCCAGGCGCCCUUGGGGUGUACAUCCACCGUGGCGUUGCUUUGCUGCAGCACGAAGUGUGCUGCUGCCACCGGAGCAGCAGCAGCUGCAGCAGGGACUCUUUGGGCGCUUCGGGUGGGGCAUCUACAGCAAAGUGCUUCAUCGAAAGGCAGCAGCAGAGACAAAGCAAAGUGCAAGUAGAGAUGGAGACAGAGACGGAGACAGCAAAGGAGACACUUCACCCCGCUGCAGCAUCAGCUCCGCCUCCUCCACGAAGCGUCCAGCCUCCGCGUCACCAGCAGCAGCAGCAGCAACAGCAGCAGCAGCAGAAUCAGCAGCAGCAGAAGCUGCAGAGGGAUCGGGUCCGCUGCUGCUGUCUUUCCAGCCUGUGGGGUCUCCGUCUGAAGCAGCAGCAGCUGGAGAAGCCUUGGUUGUCUCGCUGCAGCAUAAGGCGAAGAAGACAGCCCCUAGCAUCCCCAGGUGUCUCUCUGUCUCCGUUAAGCUGUCUCCUCAGUUUAAGCGCUGCUGCCCCCCAAGACAACCUGAAGAGCUGAAUAUGCUCGACGUAGCAGCUUUCUGUGAGGCCCGGGGUGCAGCUACACUUGUGCUGCUGCAUCAGCAGCAGCAGUUGCUGCAGCAGCAGCAGCAGCAGGCAGCAGAUAACAGCAAGCCGCAGCAGCAGGAGCAGCAAGCGUCGCAGCAUCUCCAGCCUCUUAGUCUCUCUUGGGGUGUAUGGGCACAUAUAGAAAGGCCCCUUAUACCUGUAUUAGCUGAGCUAGAGAGAAGGGGUUUGUCUCUUUCAGUGUCUCUUCUGAUGCGCGGCUGGCGAUCAAACAGGGGGAUCGGAUCCCCAACCCCGGAGGAGACAGCAGCAGCAGCAGCAGCAGGCGUCCCUAGCCCUGUUGAUGCUGCUUCUGCUGCUGCUGCUGCUGCUGCUGUGGAUGGGCUUGCUAGCCAAGACGUGGGUGCUGCAGCAACAGGAGACCCCAGCGAAGCUCUUGAGGAGCAGAGACAGCUGGAGAGACAGAUAGCGAAGCUAAUAGAGACAUUAACAGGAAGGAGGGAGGUAAACAUUAAUUCGCCUAGCCAACUCGCUGAGGUGCUCUUUGAUGAUCUCCAACUGUCUCCUUCUACAGCAACACUGCCUGGAGGGGCUGGCUCUGAGGGCAAGGCGCUAUGCAGCAGCAGCAGCAGCAGGGGUCGAAGCAACAGCAGCAGCAGUAGCAGCAGCAGUCGCUCCACCGGAGCCGAAGCCUUACAAGCCUUGCUGCGAGAGGCCCGCUCUAAGGAGACAGAUCCCCAUGCCUCUAAGGUGGCUGCGAGGGCCUUUGUCCCCUCGUCUGUUACUCCUUACAAGACACCAGAUGCCUAUGGGUGCUGCAGCAAGGACCUCCUUAGCAGCAGUCUCUCUUCCUUAUCUCCGACUGUCUCCUCAGGACCCCCCAGCUCUGAAGGGGACCUGGUAGUGUCUCCUUUAAGCGCCCCUAAAGGGGCGGAGACCCUGGUGGUGGGAUCGGGAUCGGGAUCGGGAUCGGGAUCGUCUGUGGGGUCACCGUGGCGGUUUGUCUCCAUUGAUUAUUCACAGAUGGAGCUGCACAUCUUAGCGUACCUAUCAAACGAUCCGCAGCUGCUAUAUGACCUAGGAGUAGGAAGAAGAGACAGCAAGGAGACAGCAGCAAAAGGAGACAAUAAGGAGACACCUGAGCGCCCCCACGAUACUUUUAAACUAACUGCCUCUCGUCUCUUCAACUGUCCCCCUGAAAAAGUUACUAAGGAACUGCGAAGUAUGGCCAAGACAGUCACCUAUGGGAUUUUGUACGGGCAGACAGAAGGGGGUCUCUCUAGGCAGCUGCAGGUGUCUCUUAAAGACGCUAGGAGACUAAUAAACUGUUUCUUUAAUGAAUAUAAAAAUGUUCAGAGCCUUAUGCUUACACACACCACGUUUGCGCAUGCAACGGGGACAAUAGAAACUCUUGUAGGCCGCAGCAGACGCCUUCAGAGUAUAGAUAUUGCUGCUGAGAACCUACAGCUGCAGCCUCAUCUUGCUGCGCUGCUUCACCGCAUAGGAGCUCUUAAGGCACCUCUCCGGCAGCAGCAGCUGCAGCAGCAGCAGCAGAAUGGCUCCACAAGCAGCAGCAGCAGCAACAACAACAACAGCAACAGCGCGAGAGGCCGCUACAGGAGACAGGCAAUGAAUACGCCCAUUCAGGGUCUAGCAGCAGAUAUUAUGAAGUAUGUAACAGGAAGGGUGGAGCAGCUGCUGCAGCAGCAGCAGCAGCGGGCUCUUCGCAUGCAAGAACUGGUGCAUAUAGGUGCAGCAGCAGCAGCAGAGGGAGAGCCUUGUUGGAGACAGGAUUUGCUGCUAAGGAGACCCCUGAGGGCCCAGGUGGUGCUGCAGAUUCAUGAUGAGUUGCUGCUAGAAGUGUAUGAAGACGAUGUCCCCUUAGUCUUAGAGUUAGUGCUGCCUCUAAUGCAAAGGGCGUGGGGUCUGCUGCUGGUGGAGACAGAUUGUCUAGAUCGAUAUGCUGCUCUGUUCCAGCUGCAGCAGCGGCUGCAGCAGCGGCUGCAGCAGCAACGGCUCGGGGACCCUCACUACUGCAGCAGCGCAGCAGAGGAGACAGUACUUCGCUGCUCUGCCCUUGAGGCUGCAGGCUUUACCUCAACAGAGCAGCAGCUGCAGCACUGGUUUAAGCUGCCUCCUCAAUAUGAAUGGUUGCGUCCUUUGCUGCAGCGCAAGCUGCCUACUAACGCUAAGGUUGGAAGAGAUUGGGGCUCCUGCUGA